UGCCCCUUUAGGAAGCCCCGCAAAAGUAAUUCGACCGAAAGGUACUUCAGACAGAGUGAGAGAACGGGCUAGAGACAGACAGAGAGAGGUACAGGAGAAAGAAAGGGAGGACAGAUGAACAUGAGAGAUCAUGAGGUGCCGCAGAAAUGCAGAUCUGUGGAGAACACUGAGGCAUUUUGAGAGUGCUUGAGAGAAAAAACAGGAGGGAGAAACAUGUUUGGAAGGGGUAGAAAAAAGUGAAGAGAAGAAAGAAAGGGAGUACAGCCAACUGGCAUUAUUCAGCCCAGCUCUAAAAGUCUCAGGCUGCCCAGACUUCAAACCACACGGACCAAGGUUCUCUCUGCUUUCUCUUCAACUGCACUAUGUAGGGUCUGUAAAAAGAGGAGAGUUGGGUUCAGGAAGAUCGAGAGUGCAGCACCGAUAGGAGCCGUUGUUUUGUCUUGCUGUGAAUUAUGGUAUCCAUUCGUCCUCCUUGAUGCUUAACAGCUCUGGCUUUAUUUUGUUAGUAUCUAAAAUUAAGAGCCAGACCUACAGUACAAUGGGCCUGCAGAAUGGAGUAUGACAUUGACUUCAGCAAACAUUUUGCCUGGCUUAGGAAGGUAAAGCUCCAUUCAUCCGGCAACAGUGAGUCCUACCUGGAGCGGUUAUCACGUCUGGAGGGAGACAAAGAGUCACUAAUUCUGCAGGUCAGUGUGCUGACAGACCAGGUGGAGGCUCAGGGGGCCAAGAUCAACGAUCUAGAGAGUUCUCUGGUUGAGCAUCAGCACAAACUCGACUCCACGGAGGAGAUGCUACAGCAGGAGCUCCUGCAUAGGACGUCACUGGAGAGCCAGAAGCUGAGUCUUAUGGGGGAGGUGUCCUACCUGAAAUUAAAGCUCACAGACAUGGAGGGAAAACACAGCCAUGGGGCUGAAAGGCAGCACAAAGCAGAGACUGUAGUGAACUUCAUUAGUGAGCUGCAGGAGCAGAUGUGUAGGUUUCAGAAGGAAAUCAAUAGCAAGAUCCAGGAGAAAAAAGCCUUGGAGAUCCCGGCUGACGGCAGCUCUCCAGUGGCGUGUCUCUCUGAGUCCACUGAGGGCCAGGGCUCAGACCUUGGGCCGUCCUGUGACAGAACCUCAGGGGUGAUGCACAAACUAGAAGAGGCUACACAUGGGCCUGAUGGGAACACACACAGCCUGGAAGAGGGUAGCUCAGAUGCAGAGCAGCAGUACCACUGUGGAGGAGAACGUGGCUUACUUAAGGAGCUCAGGAUCCUCAAGGACAAAGUGGAGCACCUGGAGGAUCAGAAGCUACAGUAUGAGAAGAAACUCAAAGCAACAAAGGCAGAGAUCAGCAGCCUUCAGCAGCUUCUGCUCAGUAAGAACGCUGAGAUCGAGAGCUUGCACACUCAGCUGCUGGCCAGACCUUCUCUAUCCCCCGAGAGCUCAGAGAGAGAGAUGUACAGGAAGAGGCUAAACACCAAAUAUCAGGAACUGCAGAAGCUUAGGAGUGGAAUGAAAUCACUGGUAGCUGCCAAUGAUGAAAAGGACCGACGUAUUGAAGAGCUCACUCUACUCCUGAAUCAGUGCAGGCAAUUCAGAGAAGUCACUCACACCACAAGGCAAGCUCCACCUGCUGUUCGCUCGCUGUCAAAUGGCAGGACUCCGUCAAGCAGCAGUGAGGAAGAAGAGCAUGGACUGAUUAAGAGCACUGACUCUGCCAGUGCAAAAUCUGAGGACGUCAAGUCUGAAGUAUCACAGGUUUCCACAAACAGCUCUUCCUCCCAACAAACAUCCAUUUCAUCAGUCCAGAAGGACAGUGAUUCCAGAACAGAACAGCAGGUGUUAUCAAGUAGCAUGAAUGACCUAACAAAUGGACCUUUACAAAAGAGUGGUCCGGGUGACAGAAGUCAGACGCUGCCUGUGAAUUCCUCUCUGUCAGAGCAGAAUGGGAUCGGAGACAGUGGUAGUGAAAUCCAGAGUAAAAGGUCUCCAGAAGGGAACGAAGACGGAGACUCCAAUCAAAGAAAGUUGGAGAAAGUUGGUGACAGCACAUCAAGCGAUAAUUCCCCUGUUCAUUCUGGAGCUAACACACAGCCUGGCCAGCGAGUUGUGGGCUCACCAGAGUACAUGAAGAAUAACAGGAGCUUCAAGAGACUCUGGGGAAAACUUCGAAGAACCCAGUCUGGAGGACUUCAGGGAGCGGAUCCAGAUACCGGUCAGUUUAGAAGAGGGGGACUUCGUGCGACAGCAGGACCCAGACUGACUCGGACCCCUGAAUCUUAUGACUCUACACGUGAUAUGAAUAUUCCAUUCAGCCAGUGGACCAAGGAGCAGGUGUGUGGCUGGCUAGAGGACUAUGGACUGGGCCAGUAUGUCAAUCUCACCAGACAGUGGGUUGAAAAUGGACAAACUCUACUGUCUGCCACACCUCAGGACUUCGAGAAGGAGAUGGGCAUGAAGAAUCCACUGCACAGGAAGAAGCUGCAGCUCGCCCUGAGCGCAUUCACCACUAAAGUUAUAGAGAAAUCGUCAGAGCUGGACUACAUCUGGGUCACUCGCUGGUUGGAUGAUAUUGGUUUGCCUCAGUAUAAAGACCAAUUCCAUGAAGCUCGAGUAGAUGGUCGAAUGAUACAAUACCUCACAGUGAAUGACCUCUUGACUCUAAAGGUCACCAGUCAGCUUCAUCAUCUCAGUAUUAAAUGUGCCAUCCAUGUCCUUCAUGCCAACAAGUUCAACCCCAACUGUCUUCGACGUAGGCCAGGGGAAGAGAGACAGCCCUCUCCUUCAGAGGUGGUGCAGUGGUCUAACCACCGUGUGAUGGAGUGGCUUAGAGCAGUGGAUCUAGCUGAGUACGCUCCUAAUCUACGUGGCAGCGGCGUUCAUGGUGGGCUGAUUAUCUUGGAGCCUCGCUUCAGCUCAGAGACAUUGGCCCUGCUGCUAAAUAUUCCUCCACAGAAGACUUUGCUCCGCCGCCACCUCGCCACUGCCUUCUCUGCCCUGGUCGGGACUCAGGCCACACAAGAGAAGCGAGAGUAUGGCAAUGCCACAGGCCAUGUGCCCCUCACCACCACUGCUAAAGUAAAGCCGAAGAAGCUGGGAUUCACCCAAUUCAGUCACCUCAGAAAGAGGAAACCUGAUGAGGACUAUAUCUGCCCAAUUGACAGCGGAGCACUGACAGUGAAUGGGAUUUCUCGCAUGCCCUCUACAGCACUUAGGGGCCUCAGCCCCAGCUUGGACAGACAGACUGAGAGGCGGGAGCAGGUGGGGAUAAAAGCUCAGGCUAAUGGCCCAAAAUAAUAAUUUAAAAAAUACAGUAGGAAACUUCACCCUCUCCACCACACUCACCUCUCACCCAUUAAGUGACCUUGUGAUUCAGUGAAAGAUUCUAAUGCAGAAAUGUACCCAAGAUGAAUCAAUGUGGUGAUUUGCUGGAUGGGCUGCAAAGAUUCUGUAUUUCACAGGUGAUCUUAAUUGUUGUUGGAUAUUCUUAACCAAAUGUUGCUUAAACAAUAUUCAUCUAAAAUGGUAAUAAAUAGUGACACUGUGUGAAUUGUUUUAUGAAAGCUGCUCUCUGCAUUCCUUAUACAGUUGGAUUCCAAAGCUUACACUUUUGGUUUAAGACAAUGCAUUUUACUGACCAUUUUGUAUCUAAAUGUCUGUAGAAUUAGUUAGGAUACUGAUGACCUUGUCUUCUUAUAUCUAGACUGACUGUACAGGAUAAUAAUUGUCACCAGUUACUUUAAAGGCAUAUUUCGGGUUUUCUGAAGUGUGACUGUAUGAGGUACUUCAUAGUUAGUGUAUUACUGGCAGGAGAUGGCAGUUGGCAUGUCCCCAGUUUGGAGCAGCAGAAAGUUGUACCGGCACAGAAGCUACAAGAGAUGUACUGCUGUGGACAGGGUCAGCUGCAAAAUGUAUUUUAGCCACCUAAAAGAAGGCCUACCAAAAAACAUAAAUUUCACUUCAAGUGUACUCUAGAUUUAGAAUGUUUUCACGCUACCCUGACUAUGGUUAAGUACCUCAUCCAGCUCACUUCAAAAAUUCUAACCUAUCGUUUUAUGAAUGUUUCUCAUUCAUUUUCUGUAUGACUGACAAGAAAAUCAAAAAUUUUAUCAUUUUGAUUCUUGACAGUACUCUUCUGCACCUGUAAAUGAGGCUUGUUGGUACACCCUAGGAUUCUCCUCCUCCAGAUGUUGCCUUGUUUGAUGAGAUCAUUGUGAAUAUGCAGUAACAUAAUAAACAUUGGGUCAACAGUUA